AUGAAGUUAACAAUUGAUGCAAGUUUAGAAGAACAAAUUAAUCAAGAGAAAAAACAUUGGAAACAAGUGUUAGAGAGAAUUCUUGCUAUUGUAAAAAGAUUUGGGCAAAAUAAUUUGGCAUUUCGAGGAGAUCGUGAAAAACUAUAUGAGAAAAACAAUGGGAAUUUCUUACAAAUUAUAGAAUUACUUGCUGAAUUUGAUUCAACUAUGCAAGAACAUGUUCGUCGUAUUUUAAGAGGUGAGACUCAUUAUCAUUAUUUGAGUCACAAGAUUCAAAAUGAAAUGAUACAACUUCUGGCAACUGAGGUGAAAAGCUCGAUAAUUAGUAGAAUUAAAGAAGCAAAAUAUUUUUCAGUCAUACUAGAUUGUACUCCAGAUCCAAGUAAUGAUGAACAUAUGUCUCUUGUUUUAAGAUGUGUGAAUGUUUCAGAAAGUCCAAUAUUUGUUGAUGAGUAUUUUUUAGGAUUCAUAAAAGUUCAUGACACAUCAGGGCUUGGUUUGCUUAAAGAACUUUUAGAUGCGUUGAAUAUUCUUGGACUUGAUGUUGAUAAUAUAAGAGGAUAA